AUGCAGACCGAUGGUCUCAAAGUUCCUAAUGAAAAAGACGCUCCUCGGCCAAGGUCACCUUCACCUUCCCUGCCCAGUGCAGAAAUACCAUCUUUCCUACCGCCAAAUCUGUCUGCGGACGACGAGGCACGUGAACAAGCAAUGAAAGACAAAUUUAGGAAAUUCUGGAUGUCAUCCCUUGCGGAAGGAUUCAAGGAAGACCUUGAGGAAAUACGAAAGGAGCCCAAUUUGGGACCCUCCAAGCUAGCAUUGCUCAUUGACUCGCUCGCAGCUGGGGCAGAUAUUUUUACGUUAUCUGGGUCCGCCAGCGGGACAGACAUGAAUGAAGUGGAUGUUGUCAUGGGCGAAUAA